AUGGUGCAGGUCUUUCCAAACAAGAUCGUCAUCAUGAGCGCACGUGAGAAUAACACCCAACAGCGAGUGGAACACGAGGUGAGGGAGGAGCGCGCCAGGGAACAGCCAGUGGCGAAGUGGAGACGGGACUCCGAUUCCGUUCUCCAGCUUCUGGCGUCCCCCCUGGUGUCGCGAUCCCCGUCACCGGACAGCGAGGCGGGCGAGGAGUCGACCGGGGAGAUCUCGGACGUGGAGCUGCCGUCCGAGGAGGAGGACCCAGGCGCAGACGCGACGGAGAUCGCAGAGGUCGUCGCCAUCUCUUCCGACGAGAGUGGGCCGGAGGACGCGAGUGAGGAGGAGGAGGAGGGGACGGAGACCGUCAGUCCCGAGGUGUCGUCGGACGAGGACGACGUGGCGCGGCGAGCUGCGAGGGAUAGGAUGAUCUUCCGCCGGUUGAGCAGGGCGACGGCAGGGCUCGGGAGGAUCGGCCUAGGGCACAUACCACCGUCGGGCGAGCCCAAAGAGUGGGCUCGUAUAUUGGAGGCGCAGGCGGUCACUGUCCGCCAAUGGGAGGCCCGGCGGGCGGCGAGGUGUGCAGCAGUCGCCGCGUGGCAGCAGAGGCUGAGGGACGCCGAGGCCGAGGAGGCCGCACUCGCGGCCGCCGCCGGUAACGCAGCCGCCGCUACCGCCACCACGAUCGCCGACGCCACCACCACCGCCGCCACCACGAUCGCCGUCACCGCUGCCACACUCACCAACACCACCACCAUUGUCGCCGCCGAGGCAGCAGAAGUGGCACCUGCCACAAGCGCAGGUCGCGCAAGCGCUGCGGACCAUCGUGGUGGAGGGGCGGCGGUGUCAUCAGUAGACGGUCACGUGGACGUGGCCCGCGCCCGAGGAGGCAGCAGAGGAGGCCAGGAUGCGAGAGGCCAUCGAAGCCAUCGAGUGGCGGCGCCCACCGCCGCUGAGCCCGCGCGAUCCGAGGGCCAGGUCGACGAAACGCGUCGCGGAGACGGGCGAUCGCGCGGGGCUGGAGGUGACGACCGAGGAGGAACGCGAGGCCCAGGAGGGGCUGGAGAAGGGGCCAUGGGAGUGGCCAACCCCGCCGGAGACGUCGCGGGACACGGCGCCACCCCCGAAGCUGGCGCGGCAGACUUCGUGCCCGGAGUCGCGAGCCCCACCGGCGAGGCCGACGCUGCGGAGACAGCAGUCGGAGGGCGCGGAACCGUGGGCGGAGGUUCCGGCGGCGGAUUGGCCGGCGCGGGUGGCCGAAGAGGCGCAGCGACAGCGAGGGAGGCAGAGGAAGGCCAGGUGGGCCAAGCUCGUGCUGGAUGA